ACGCAUGCUAGCGCACUAUGCGAGAUUUGUUUGUCAACGAAUGAAUCGGAAAUUCCACAGUGACCCGGAACACUCAAAGUAUAGUGACGGUAAUAUUUACUCUUGUCAAGCAGCGUUACAGCAAGUCGAUAACAGGAAAGUGGUUUGACAUAUUUUUAUUUCACUUAAAGGACAAGAAAACUCGUUUCUCGUUUUAUCGCUGCAGAUUCGCUAAUACGCAAUUCUCCGAGUUCUCCAGCCGGUAUUAGCUUAGCCAGCUAGCAAGCUGGGCUAACAAGGUGAUGUAGCGACAGCUGUGGUGCGCUCAGGAAAUGUGAUGGAAGUUGGUCUAGGCGUGUUUCAUUAUGAAAGUUUCAUUUUUGGACUAAUAUGAAGCCUGACGAUAGCUGCCGCGGAGCAGUAACCGCUUUCUGAAGGUGCAGUGAGCACAGCGCUGAGGUCGGGUUUCUUGGAUAGUUAUGAGCAGCAUCAACAUUACAACCAAAAUCCCUCCAUUAAGCUCUUUUUAUACUAAAAGGUCAGCGCUGACACUACCGGCAACAAAGAGUGGGUUUUGAGAAGCGAUGUGUUUUCGUGCUGUCACGAGAUGAGUCUCGCCGAUGAAACACUGCAGGCUGGGAUGUCCUCAGUCCAGUCGGGACUGGAAGGGCAGCUGCCGCUUUUACACGCCAGACAUCACAGCGCUCAAGGCGGUCUGGUGUUGGACCUGAACUCCCAGCAAGACUACCUCAGCAGCAGCUCUCCUGAGUAUGACAGCUAUGGGAAUAACACCGGUCCUCUGUUCGAGAGGAGAAAGAGAUCUAGAUCCAACAGCUCCAGACAUAGGUUCAACGAGGUGGUCACGGAGCUCGGUCCGGAGGAAGUGCGGUGGUUUUACAAAGAGGACAAGAAAACUUGGAAGCCCUUUUUGGGCCACGAUUCACUUAAUAUUGAGCUAAUGUUUCGGAAAUACUGCGAGCUGAACCCCGGUGCAGCAUGCCCCCAGGCCAGUGGAGGAGAGGAUGAGAGCGGGUCUAGAGAUCUGGAGAGCAGAGGGAUGAACGGUGCAGUGCCAGCAGAAACGAGGACCAGCAGUGUGCACGGAGGCCGCGGGUCCUUGGACACAUCCACCGUGUCCUCUGAUGAGAGGGACGCUGAAAGCAUUGAACUCAAUGUAGAGUCGGUGUGUGUGCGAGGAGGACUCUAUCAGGUUGAUAUAAUACAGAGACAAUGCUGUCCUGUCUACUGGAAACAACAAGACCAUAUCCCAGUGAUGAGAGGCCAGUGGUUUAUCGAUGGUACUUGGCUGCCAUUAGAUGAAGACGAAAGUGACCUCAUCGAAAGGGAGCACCUUAACCAUUUCCGUGGGCAACACGUACAGGAUACCUUUGAGAUGGAUUUGGUUCCCAGGACCAUUGAUAGUAAAGAUGUUCUCUCCCACCUGCCCCCUUUCUACCUCCCUUUUCUGUUCAAAUGGAGUGGAUAUCAGACGAGUACUAAACCUACAUGUCACAAGCGCAAACGCUGCCAAGCCAUCCAUAGUCUAAAGCUGAGUCGAUCACAUGUGGAUUGGCACAGCGUGGACGAGAUCUACCUCUACAGCGAUGCCACAACUUCCAAAAUUGCAAGAACAGUCACCCAGAAACUGGGCUUCUCCAAAGCCUCAAGCAGCGGUACGCGGCUCCAUCGGGGUUAUGUUGAGGAGGCCUCACCUGAGGACAGACCCCCUCAGACUACGCACAUUGUCUUUGUGGUUCAUGGCAUUGGACAGAAGAUGGACCAAGGGCGCAUUAUUAAAAACACUGGAAUGCUGCGGGAAGGUGUGAGGAAGAUGGAGGAGAAACACUUCUCAGAGCACAAUGAGGAACAUGUGGAGUUCCUGCCUGUUGAGUGGCGCUCCAAACUCACACUGGACGGAGAUACGGUAGACUCGAUCACACCAGACAAAGUGAGAGGACUGAGAGACCUUCUCAACAGCAGUGCCAUGGAUAUCAUGUAUUACAACAGCCCUCUUUACCGGGAUGAAAUUACCAAGGGUCUAACAGAGGAGCUGAACAAGCUCUACUCACUUUUCUGUUCACGGAACCCUGAGUUCGAGGAAAGGGGUGGCAAAGUGUCCAUCGUGUCUCACUCUCUUGGCUGUGUCAUCACGUAUGACAUCAUUACUGGCUGGGAUCCCGUGCGGUUUUGUUUGCAGGAGCAUCGUGUGGUGGAGGAGGACCUAGACCUUCGCUGGAUGUCCUAUGAAGAGAGGUGCCUUUUAGAGCAGCAGAGGCAAACAAGGAACAGGCUACAAGAGCUGGAAAAUCAACUCGCCACACUUGAGGCCUCUAAACCCUCAGCCCCCCCAGCCCUCAAAUUUAAGGUAGAGAAUUUCUUCUGCAUGGGUUCUCCUCUGGCAGUGUUUUUGGCCUUAAGAGGAAUCCGCCCUGGCACCAGUGUCCACCAAGACCACAUCUUACCCACCUCAAUCUGCAGCAGGCUCUUCAAUGUCUUCCAUCCCACAGACCCUGUGGCCUACAGAUUGGAGCCACUCAUCUUGAAACAUUAUAGCAACAUUGCACCUGUUCAGAUACACUGGUGUAGCGCCACUAACCCCACACCUUAUGAUGAGAUCAGGCCUACUUUUCUCAACCCUGUUAAAGAUCCCACGUCGGAUACAGAAAGCAUCCCCAGCCCCAGUACAUCACCUGUCCUACCCCGGAGGCACUAUGGGGAGUCUAUCACUAAUUUGGGCAAGGCCAGCAUAUUGGGAGCAGCAAGCAUAGGAAAGGGCAUUGGAGGAAUCCUCUUCUCACGUUUUUCCCGCUCCAACAGCCAGCCCUCAGUGUCUCUGGGACUUGAGGGUGGAGCAAGUGCUGAAGAAGAGGAGCAAAAGCGCACAGAAAGUCAGUCAGCAUACGGCCUCUCUAUGUUGACUCGACCCACCUCACCCACUGCUGACACAUCCUUGGAGCUUGAGCGUCGCAUUGACUUUGAGCUCAGAGAGGGUCUGGUGGAGAGCCGCUACUGGUCAGCAGUGACCUCACACACAAGCUACUGGUGCUCACAUGACAUAGCUCUCUUCUUGUUGACCUUCAUAUAUAAACAGAAGGCGACACCCUCUAACCCAGCAGAUACUCCGGAUCCAGAGUGAGGCAGCAUGUUUUUUAAAACAGAACACACAACACUGAAAGAGUGAAAGCAUUUCUUGUGACACAUAAAGUGACUUUGUUCAUUACUUUUUCUUGCUUACAAACUUAAAUACACUAAAAAAAAUCCUGUCUUUGUUUGGCUCCCGAUCAAGCACUUUUAAUACUUGGGAAUCAUUACUUACAGACUCAGAAAUUUCUUCCAAACUUUUCAUCUAAUUUGUUUGUUUUUUACGUUCUGCACAAUUGCUUACCCUGAUGGUGGAUACGGUGGACCAGGAACUCUUAUUUAGGAGCAAAAGCACUGAUGCAUAGCUGAUUGUUGCACCCAGAGGCAGAGACUUCUAACUUCAUUCCCAGUGUGAAUUUAGACAGCUGAACUGUGUCUAUCAUGUCCAUCGAUUUCAUGUUAAACAAUACCUAAGUCAAUUUGCUCGGCUGCAGACUCGGUCUGAAACUUUGGGGCACAUUUGACUAAGCCUCAGUCACUAAGGUGUCAAGUUAUGUCUGAUAUUUUUGUUUGUUUGUUUUUCUCUGUCUCUCACAAAUGCGCGCACACACACAAAACAUAAAGAAAAGAACAUUUUUGGCAAAGUUCUCUUCUUCAAGUUGAAUAUUUAGCUACUGCAUGUUAAGAAACCCAUGGGAGCAAACAAAGGCAAUGUGUAAUAUAUAAUAUUUCUUUACUGUCCAUCAUAAAAGACACGUAAUGCAUUAUGAUUAAAUCAUAUUAUUUUGGCAAAUUAUUAUAAUAAUUAUUAUUUUGGUACUUUGGAGGACAGAAACAAAAUGCUUAGUUUCCUUAGUUUUUUCCCUCUAUUUUUUAAAUUUUCAAUUAUUUGAGUCUUGAAAUAGAGUGCACCAAAUAAAGCCCAAGUAAAACACUAGUUUUAUACUGCACAAAUAGAGUAUAACAUUUUCCUUUGUGUUUAAUCGUCACUGAUAAAUAGUGCAGUACCAAGGGGGCAGAUGUGUCUUACAAACACAGUGACUAAAUUGUAUUUACUUAUUUUCUUACAGUGUAGAGAUCUAAACCAUAGUCUAAAAUCUAAAUCUUACAUACUCACUCAAAACAAUAUCACUAUUUCAUCCUCAAUACAAGCUUCUAUUUUGAGGAUAACUUAUGGAGAUGAUUUUUGCCCGCAUGGCUUUGUAUUGAUGAAAUCAUUGGUAGAAGAUGUAUUUUUUCUUAAAACAAAUACAGAAAUAUUUUUUCCUAGUAACUUUCGGACACUUUGGGGAUCUUAAACUGGAUGUUACCUCAGAAGAAAAAAAAAGGGAUUCGAGCUUGUGGCCAAAUAACUUGUAUGUGUCACCUUUAUUAGAUGCCCUGUUCAAUUAAUACUAAGGCAAAAUUGUGGCUGGCCUGGAGUUAAAAAAGUAGAGUAGAUUAUUUAAUUUUUAAACGUUACCCUCAUUAUAAAAACAAAUGUCUUGUUUGCCUUUUUUGUCCACAGUUCACACUUUGCUAGCUUGAUCGUUUACUUACAAAUUCAGUUGAAAUAGAAAAGAACAAAUGAUGGCAAAUCAUAAAAAUAUAUAUAUAUAAAUAUAAUAGUAGUACUGAUGGGGGUUAUUGUAGCUAUCAUUCCAAGUACUGAUUCAGCACAAGUUAGUGCUUACUCACUUUGCAUGGUGUCAAAUUAAUAGUAAAUGGAUUGUUGGAACAAGAAUAAUGCAGCGUGCCAACACACAUCUAAGAAACUUUAUUCUGACUAAAAACAUGUGAUUGCUUUUGGCUUUUCUAAUGAAUAGAUUUUAUUUGCUGUAGAUUAUGAAAUGAAACUGUCCUCGUAAAUAUUUAUGUGACAGACGAGCCUUUCUGUCAUUGUCAACUUUAACUUGUGUUCUGCUUAUUGUAAUGUAGUAAUCAGUUGUUUUUGAAUUUGUUAUGGUGCAAGCUGCAGCUUUACUGUGCCACACAAGGGCUGUCGCUGACUGUCGUUUCUUUAACGUCUGUGUUAUGUGUACAAAGGCCUACUGACUUAAACCAGGCUGCCUUGAGGAGAUCACCUGAUAGGUAACCAGGAAGUAGUGCAGAAGCUGGGUCUAAUAAGGGAGGGGGAUAGUUAAGUGUUACUGUAUUUGAUCUGGUGGCUCUUGAACAUUCAUGGGCUAUAAAUUGCACAGAAACUAUUUUAACACAGCCCGUUUUUGACUUUUUAUUUAUUCUUUACUUCCCGUCUGUUACGGUGCAUAAAACAAUCUCAACAUGUUAUUUGGAUAUGUAUUUCAAAUACACAGUGCUGUUCUUGCUUUGGAUUCAUUGAGUCAAACAUUGUAAGUUUCAACACAGCAAAUACGUAGUUGUAACAAUAACAUUGUUUCUAAAACUUGUGUGAAAAUUUGCACAUUUUCAUAUUUAGGCAUAUUUUCAAAUGUGUGACAGGCAAGAAACUGGAGCGCAUUAAAGAUAAUUUUGGUAACAUAUGCUGUAAGUUUCACUGUAUGAGAUUUUGAUGUACAGCAUUUUGAAUGACAACAAUACAUUUUUAUUUUAUUUUUUUUUUGUCAAAGAUACCACAAGUAUCAGGGAAAUGUCUGCUUGUACAUGUUUUGUAGCUUCAACACUCUUGUCAAUACCAGAUUAAAGCCAUAAUUAAACAAACAGUUUAGCACAGGUGUCCACAGACUAGUAAAGACCUUAUAAAUGGCUUUCGGGGAAAUGGAUGUACAUUAAAGCUCACUGUGGGUGUGUUGAAUGAAAUGGGAUGAUGCGGGAUAUGGUGAUCUGGAGAAAUGUCCCAGGAGCUGUGCAAUAACUCAUGCCUGUAUUGGAUUCUAACUGCCAUCCAAAACACUGUAUAAAUGUCCUUUUUAUAAAGUAUUCCAAUUUGGAUGUAAUCAGUACUUCAUCAACUGUCUUUUUUUUUCUUUCUUUUUUUACUUUUAAUAAUCAGAGGAAAAUAUUGAGAUUGGAAACUUUUUUGUGGAGGAGGAAGAUGCUUUCAUUUCUCAUUUCCAGACUGAGGACAAAAGAAGCGUUUGUUCAUCUGAAACUCAGACCAGAUUCUUUCCGAGGCGCCCCCUGAAGUGAACAACAAAGCCGACUUAUAGAUUGUGAAUAGCCUGCAUUGUAUUAAAGCUGUUGUGGCUUCCACUGGGGGCGAGUUUAAUGCAGUUUAGCAACAUCUGCAAAGGCGAGGCUCACAGAUGGGACCAGUUAGAUCAGAGGUGACUCACAAAAGGCCCUGUUGUUCUGUGUUUGACCACAAGAGGUCAGUCAUUGGUCAUCUUAUGAUAAUACUCAAAAAAACUUGACCACAGUGACCAGCUGUCCAGUGCCCUUCCUCUUAAGUCAUUUCCGUCUAUUGCUCUUACCUAGUUGAGCUAUUUUUGACAGUAUUAAUGUGCUUAAAUAUAUUCAUGACUGCUCUGUUCUGUUCACUUAUAUGCCCUUAAGGAAAAAUGGAAUGUACUACAGCCAUCUACAACCACAAAUGCCAAAAACCCCCAAUAAAUGUGAAUCCCUGAGCACCCCGCUACCUCCUACCCUUACCUCCUUCACUGCCCUGCUUCCUCCACUAUACCUCCUCUGUCCUCAUCCACAUCACCAGCAGCCAAGCCAGCUCUCCAUCUGACUCCUGCUCUGCAUCUGGCUGACUCAAAUGUUUACUCUGCAAUUAAAACACAGCCUAUAAAAGGCAAUGGGUCGACUGCCAGACACUGACGAGGGGGUCGGAGCUGCAAGGAGAGCGGUUAUAAAUCGCUUUGAUGCCGACCGUAGUCUGAAGGCCCAGAUUCCUGAGCUGGAGGAUUGGAGCUCAGUGAGUUCAUCAGAAGACAGAGCCAGAAACACUGAUGAUUCAUGGCCUUUACUGCAUCUCACUUGGAGAGCGGGUAUUGUUCUGCUGCUCUGGAGAGAAAGGAGAUGGCUGGCUUUCUGAUUCCCCCCCCACAAAGUUUUCAUUUGAUCACCUCACAGAAAGCAUGUGUAAAAGCUUCCAGUGUUCCCUUUUCU